GUGAUGAUUGUGCUCACGAGCAUCCGACGUCCAUCUUGAAUUCGCGUGACGUCUUUCUCACCCACUCGUCAAUUGAGCGCACAAUGGCUUCACGAGUGGUGUUCUCGCGGCGCUCCCUGGCACCGCUGGCGACCAUGGCCCUCGGCGGCAUGGCACUGGCUCCGGCUACUGUUUUCGCCGAAGGUCCCAGUGACUUCAAGCGAAAACCCAUCUACGAUGAUUACGAUAUCCCGACAGCAAAUCCCGCACCUGUAACACCACCACCCGUUGCUGCGACACCCGUUGAGCCGGUCGACGAUGAGGAGAGGCAUCACUCGCCUACUCCUACUGAGCGGCUGGCCGUCCAUAUCGGUAAAGGUCGCCUGGCCCUGUACAAGUACGCAGUAGCUGCUGAGAACAAGGUCAAUGAGACCAUGGAUUCAGCCUUCAAUCUCGAGCAAUCCUUCACCAGUACCAUCGCUUCACUGGCUCCCUCCCGUGAAAGCGGCGAGCAACUUAUGCCCGGAGCCAUUUACGUCCUGGUCGCUGCUAUGGCUGGUAGUAUCAUUACUCGCAAUCGCAGCAUUAUCCUUCGCGCUUCGCUCCCCCUCGCCCUGGGUAUCGGCGCUGGCUGGACCGUUCUCCCUGUCACCAUGCGCAACAUCUCCGACCUCACCUGGAAGUACGAGCAGAGGUUCCCUGUUAUUGCCGAGUCUCACAUCCGCCUGCGUGAGAGUAUCGUCAACAGCGUCAGCUUUGCCAAGGCGCAUAGCCAGGUUGGUGUCCGUUAUGUCGACGAAAAAGUGACAGACGCACGAGAGGCUGUUGAAGGCUGGGUCCAGAAGGGCAAAUAAAGGAUUUCAAAAAGCGAGAUGAAAUGAAAUGUACUAUUAAAUAGAGUUCCCAAAACUGUUCAUUUGUAUCAAUGGCCGGUCCUGCUUAGCGCCAGCUACCAAUAUCUGUAUGUAUUUUGAAUAGGCUGGGUUUCUUUUCCUUUUUUG